UAUAUAUGUACCAGAUGAGGGCUAUUUGAAAAAAUGUUAUGACCUUUGUAAAAAACAUAAUGUUUUAUUUAUUGGAGAUGAAAUUCAAACAGGAUUAGCCCGUACAGGCAAAAUGAUUUGUUGUGAACAUGAGGGAAUACAACCAGACAUAUUAUUAUUGGGUAAAGCACUGUCUGGAGGAGUUUAUCCAGUAUCAGCUGUUUUGGCUAAUAAAGAAAUUAUGUUGUGUAUUAAACCUGGUGAACAUGGAUCAACAUAUGGUGGUAAUCCACUAGGAUGUGCAACAGCAAUAGCAGCACUUGAAGUGAUUAAAGAAGAAAAUCAUGUGGAAAAAUCAGCUGUAUUGGGAGAGAAAUUCCGUAAAGCUUUGCAAGGUAUCAAUUCACCAUUGAUUGAAAAAUGCAUGGCAAAUAUGUUUAUUACUUAA